AUGGCGGCGGCGGCGGCGGGGGCCGGGGCCCCGGGGCCCGUGUCCGUGCCCGUGUCCGUGCCCGCGCCCGCGCCCGCGCCCUGCCGGGUGACGGUGACCGAGGCGGCCCCGGGCGUCCCGGAGGCGGACGAGGCCAUGAGGGCGGCGGAGGUGGGGCCGGAGAGCGACGAGGACGAGGAGGACGUGUUCGAGGUGGAGAAGAUCCUCGAUGUGAAGACCGAGGCGGGUAAAAUCCUUUACAAAGUUCGAUGGAAAGGCUAUACUUCGGAUGAUGAUACCUGGGAGCCCGAAAUUCACCUUGAAGACUGUAAAGAAGUGCUACUCGAAUUUAGAAAGAUUGUAGAUAACAAAGCUAAACCUGUUAAAAAAGACAUACAGAUAGAAAGUGAGAAAUUUUCAAGAUUGGAGCAAACUGUAUGGAAAGAUGAAAAAAGGCUUUCUUUACGUGAUGAUGUAUUUGAGGCAGACUCUGAUAGUGAUUGGCACAGUGAAACAAAAGAUGAUACCUCUCCAAAGAAGAAAAAGAAAAAAUCAAGGCAUAGAGAAGACAAAAGCCCAGAUGACCCAAAAAAGAAAAAACUGAAGACCGGGAAACUAAAAGAAAAGCCCAAAACGGAACUAGACAGCUCCUCGGAGAGUCUGAUAUUCGACGCAAAGCCAAAGAAGAGGAUCUUGGAAGCUAAGGAAGAUUUAAAGGACUCCAAAAAGCUCAAAAAAGAGGAUUUAAAAGAAUUAAAGAAAGCGAAGAAGACCGAAAUAAAAGACGCAAAGGCGAAGGCUAAAGAAGAUUGCAAAGAAAACAAAAAAGUCAAAAAAGAGAAACUUGGAGACUCUCAGGUAGAGGCUGAAUGUAGCAGUGUAUUGUAUGAUUUUUCUGGCCUCCUAACUGAUGAUGAUCAGGAGGAUUUACAUUCUGAUGGCAAAGAGGAGAAACAGAAGGUGCCGGUGGGAAAGGACAAGUUAGAACAGGAUGUAGCGGAAGAUGCGACUUCUGAUCCACAGCCGGAGGGCACGCCGAGUGCCGAAGAGGGGGCUAAGAGGAAGAAGAAAAAACUCAGAAAGGCUGACGAGUACAAAGAAGAGAGUAGACGACUAGAAAACAAGGACCUCUGUGUAGAGAGGAAAAGUAUGCAUAAAAAACAGAAAGGUCAAGCCAAAGUGUCCCCAGGAGUGGAUAAACUCCUCUCUGGGUUUGGCCACUUUCCAAAGAGUUUAAAACCAGGCACGGAAGAACGGAGCCGCAGGUCCACCGACCAACUUGGCGAGGAAAAAGAAUUGAAGAAAACUGAAGCCAAAUUUUCCAAGAAGCAUGAUUCUGAGAAAGAAGAGAAAAGCAGAAAGGAGCAAAAAGGAUUAAAGACCUUUAAGGAAAUAAGUGCCUUUGAUUUAGUUAAGUUAACCCCAGAAGACAAAAAUGAUUACUCCGAGGGUAACCGAAAAAGAGAAGAUGCAUCACUGGACUGUAAAUUUGUAGAGGAUUACAAAACCAAGGAAAAUAAAGAAUUAUAUAAGGAAAGGAGGAGCCUUAGAGAAGAGACUGAUACGUGGGCUUAUAUAGCAGCAGAAGGUGAUCAGGAGAUAUUAGAGAGCAUGUGUCAAGUGGAUGACCAUUCUGAUGGCAGGCAGCAAGUUUUGAGCUUGGGUAUGGACCUGCAGUUAGAGUGGAUGAAAAUGGAAGAUUUUCUGAAGCAUCUCGAUGGAGAAGAUGAGACUGUUGCUGCAGCAGAUGCAAUCCCAAGUACCCUUCUGAGGGAUGCAGUGAAAAAUGGAGACUAUAUUACUGUGAAGAUUGCACUUAAUUCGAAUGAAGACUACAACUUGGACCAAGAGGACUCCAGCGGAAUGACCUUGGUGAUGCUGGCUGCGGCCGGAGGGCAGGAUGACCUCCUGCGCCUCCUGAUCAAGAAAGGGGCUAAAGUGAACGGCCGACAGCGCAACGGGACAACGGCCUUGAUUCACGCGGCUGAGAAGAACUUUCUAACUACAGUGGCUAUUCUUCUGGAAGCGGGAGCCUUUGUGAAUGUUCAGCAGAGCAAUGGCGAAACUGCUUUAAUGAAGGCUUGCAAGAGAGGAAACUCUGAUAUCGUACGACUCGUGAUCGAAAAUGGAGCCGACUGCAACAUCUUGUCAAAGCACCAGAACAGCGCUCUUCAUUUUGCCAAACAGUGUAACAACGUGUUGGUGUAUGACUUACUUAAGAACCACUUAGAGACACUCUCAAGAGUGGCGGAAGAUACAAUAAGAGAUUACUUUGAAGCCCGCCUUGCCAUCCUAGAACCAGUUUUUCCGAUAGCGUGUCAUCGCCUAUGCGAAGGACCGGAUUUCUCAACAGAAUUCAAUUACAAACCCCCGCAGAACAUGGCAGAAGGCUCAGGAAUCCUUCUUUUUGUUUUUCAUGCUAACUUUUUUGGUAAAGAAGUAAUCGCUCGGCUCUGCGGACCAUGCAGCGUACAAGCUGUAGUUUUAAAUGAUAAAUUUCAACUCCCUGUAUUUUUGGAUAGUCACUUUGUUUACUCCUUCAGCCCUGUCCCUGGACUUAAUAAACUUUUUAUAAGAUUGAAAGAAGCUCCCUCUGCCAAGGUGAAGUUGCUAAUAAGUGCAUACAGAGUUCAGUUGCAGUGACUACAACAGAGGAAUGAGGAGUGCAGUUGGGUUGCAUCAAUCACCGAGAUCCUCCUGCUUUGAAACAUCCGUGGCACCCACCAGGACUUUUCUCUUUUUCAUCAGUUUUACCAGUAACCUGCAUGCUAACUACUCUGGGACAAGACUGAUCAGGGUCAUCUGAUGUUUCGUACAGCAUAGGUGCAAAUAUUUGUAGUAUCCGGAUGGCAUAUUUGAGCUUUUCCACAAUGUGGAGUGAUGCUUACAAGAUUUCUCAAAGAAAAGAUCUUUCUCAUUUAUAAAUGGGAGAUUAUCUGCUGGGGGGAAUUAUACCUGAAGAUUACUGCUGUCUAAAGUAGCCUAAAUACUGAAUAAAGAAUGGAUGUGUGUGUAGUGAAA